CUCACACCUGCCGUGACGAGCCGUGACAAGAGCAACUGCAUUCUUGACAAAAUGAUCAUCUUGAAAGCAUUUAAGGACCUGACUUUGAUGAAAAAGAUCCUUUAUGAAGAGCUACCACAGUCUAUUCGUGUACUUGCUGGAUUGCGUCAUAUCCUGCGAAACAACGUGUUUCAACUAAAGAUGUGCGUCGACUCCUGGCCUACGUUCAGCACGGCCAUCUGCUACCAUCAAAAGCAGAAUAUGCAGAUUGGGAGCAGUUUUGUGAAGCUUCCCCACAAUUACAGCAUCUUCUCCAAAAACCAAGACACUUUAAGAAGUCUGCUGAGCGAUGACAAACUUGUCAAGUGGAAGAACGAAAUUGAAUUUGGAGUUUCAAAUCAUCACUCUGAAAUCGUCCGCGAAAUUGCUUCUCUCAGAGGACUCCAUGUUGAGGAAAAUGGAGGUUACCAUUCCUACAUCAACUACAGCCCAGAGAAGUUGGAGAUGCCAGACAGAAAGAUGUCCACGCUAGCAACAUCUACUUUGAAUGAGUCCCAUGCAGAGCUUGUGGCCCAACAGUUUUCUUCUGAAGGAAGCAACAAGAUCAAUAUAGUGAAAGCAUACAUCAAACAUCUACCAAACUGCUCUGUGGUAGAUGAGAAGGGACAUCCCGUGUCUUGGAUGCUGACUGAUGAGUUCCAUUGCCUCAGAAUGGCUUACACUCAACCAAAGUACAGACGGAACGGUCACUAUCAAGAUAUGAUGCUUACUCUGGUCCGGGAAAGAAUAUCGGAAGGUUUUCCCGUCUACUGCUAUCUCCAAAAAGACAACGUGGCCUCUAUUGCACUCGCGAAUAAGGCUGGCUUCACCCGUGGUGAGGAGACAACCUUCAUGUACAUGAGUACAUCUGAGAAGUAAAUUAUCAGCCAAAAAUCUGUCUCUGUUUGGAAACCACAGACCUUGGAAUAAAAAUAAA